AUGGUCACCUCCUGUUGUGGCUCCGUCUGCUCUGACCAGAGCUGUGGCCGAAGUCUCUGCCAGGAGACCUGCUGCUCCCCCAGCUGCUGCCAGACCACCUGCUGCAGGACCACCUGCUGCCGCCCCAGCUGUGGUGUGUCCAGCUGCUGCCGCCCCGUCUGCUGCCAGCCCACCUGCCCUCGCCCCACCUGCUGCAUCUCUAGCUGCUACCGCCCCACCUGCUGUGGGUCCAGCUGUGGCUCCAGCUGCUGCAGGCCUACUUGCUGCAUCUCCAGCUGCUGCAGGCCCCAGUGCUGCCAGCCUGUGUGCUGCCAGCCCAGCUGCCCUCACCCCACCUGCUGCAUCUCUAGCUGCUCCCGCCCCUCCUGCUGUGUUUCCAGCUGUGGUUCCAGCUGCUGCAGGCCUACUUGCUGCAUCUCCAGCUGCAGGCCCCAGUGCUGCCAGCCUGUGUGCUGCCAGCCCAGCUGUCCCCGCAUCUCCAGCUGCUGCCGCCCCUCUUGCUGUGGCUCCAGCUGCUGCCGCCCGAGCUGCUGCCUGCGCCCAGUGUGCGGCCGGGUCUCCUGCCGCACCACUUGCUAUCGCCCCACCUGUGUCAUCUCCACCUGCCCCCGCCCCACCUGCUACCGGCCCAGCUGCUGCCAGACCACCUGCUGCAGAACCACCUGCUGCCGCCCCAGCUGUGGUGUGUCCAGUUGCUGUGGCCCUGUGUGUUGCCAGCCCACCUGCCCUCGCCCCACCUGCUGCAUCUCUAGCUGCUCCCGCCCCUCCUGCUGUGUUUCCAGCUGUGGCUCCAGCUGCUGCAGGCCUACUUGCUGCAUCUCCAGCUGCUGCAGGCCCCAGUGCUGCCAGCCUGUGUGCUGCCAGCCCAGCUGCCCCCGCAUCUCCAGCUGCUGCCGCCCCUCUUGCUGUGGCUCCAGCUGCUGCCGCCCAAGCUGCUGCCUGCGCCCAGUGUGCGGCCGGGUCUCCUGCCGCACCACUUGCUAUCGCCCCACCUGUGUCAUCUCCACCUGCCCCCGCCCCGUGUGCUGUCCUUCCUCUUGCUGCUGA